GGCAACUCUGCCAGUCAGCUGUUGCCAUGCUUUGCUCUUGGGUGCGUAACAUUAGUAAAAUUCAGAAAACAACACAAAUAAAAACAAAAUGCUAUCAAAUAAGUGAACAAUUAAGAUAUUUGCGAACACCCAAUAGGGUGCAUAGUGAAGUUAUCGUGCCAGCCACAGAAAAAGUAACACGACAUGAAAAGUCGACAGAAAAUCGACUCACCGAACAAAACCAAAGCCAACGGGAUGUUGCUUUCGACUUUGGCAGCCGGGAGGCACACGUGCCCACAUUUAAUCUGGCUGCCCAUGUGAACAGCUCCAACACCUUGCAACAGCUGCUAAGCCUGGGCGUUGAUCUGCAUAGCAUUGAGCGGCGCAAGGGUCUGGGCCAGUUUGUGCUGCGGCUGGACUUCGAGCAAAAUGUAAAGCCUUACUUAACAUUCUUGGCGGAUAACGGGGUAUCACCAGAUGACUUUGGCCAAAUGAUUACGAAGAAUCCACUGUUAUUUAAGGAAGAUCUGGAUGACCUACAAACACGUGUGGCGUACCUCAAAAGUAAACGUUUUUCUAACGAGGCACUGCAGCGCAUCUUCACAAAAAAUCCAUACUGGUUAAUGUUCUCGACGAGACGCGUUGAUCGGCGUUUGGGAUACUUUCAAAAAGAACUUCACCUGAGCGGACAUGAUCUGCGCCUGCUGGCCACCAAGGAACCCCGUCUGAUAACUUAUAAAAUGGAACAUUUACGUAAAUCCGUCUUUACACUACGCGAGGAAAUGGGUUUCAGUGCCAAAGAGCUGCAAUCGCUAGUCGUGCGCAAGCCGCGCCUGAUGAUGAUUCCACCGGAUGAACUCGUCGAACGUUUUAGCUAUGUGCACAAUGAUAUGGGACUAAGCCAUGCACAGAUUAUUCAGUGUCCGGAGCUGCUCGCCUCCCGCGAGUUUCGUUUGCGUGAAAGACACGAAUUUCUUAAGCUAUUGGGACGCGCACAAUACGAUUGCCAAAAAGAUUUGUAUAUUUCACCCAGCGAAAUUGUGCAAGGCAACAAUUUCUAUUUUGUAAGAAAUGUGGCGAAAAGUGAUUUGCAGACGUUUGAUUUGUUUUUGAAAACACGUUAAUAAAAGUUUAUCUGCGCGCAACACCAA